CAGCACACUUUCAGCACUCAAUUCUCGAAACGUCGAUCAUUUUUAUCUCCGCCGGACAGUUAUUGCUGCAGCCAGCAACGAAAUAAAAAACAGUGCAAGUUUUCUCCGGGACAUUCAAUUAUUAUCCACAGUCUGCUUUGAUCUCAGUACAUUAGCACAAGUAACCACAUUUUCCGUAUCGUAAAACUUGUUUUAAUCUCAGUGCAGCAAAGCAAACGGAAGGCAAGAUGUCCGAAAGUGACUGGGACACCGUGACCGUAUUGCGUAAAAAAGCACCAAAAGCAUCCGCACUAAAGACUGAAACCGCCGUCAAUCAGGCUCGCCGGCAGGGUAUUCCUGUAGAAACGACUCAAAAAUUCAAUGCCGGAACGAACAAGCAGCAUGGUCCGGCAAAAAAUACAGCAAAGCUGGAUCGCGAGACGGACGAACUGCGCCACAAAACCUUGGCUCCGUCAGUCGCCAAACUGAUUAUGCAGGGUCGGCAAUCGAAGGGCUUAAGCCAGAAGGAUCUUGCCACGGCAAUUUGUGAAAAGCCUCAGAUCGUGAACGAUUACGAGGCCGGUCGCGGAAUCCCGAACAAUUUGAUCUUGGGCAAAAUCGAGCGUGUGAUUGGAAUGAAAUUGCGCGGAAAGGAUAUCGGCACCCCGAUGGCGCCUCCCGGUAAGAAGUGAGACGUCGGGAGGCAAUAAUAAUAAAAAUCGAUCGUCUGCGAAAGUGUGCGGGCCGUGUGUGUGCGUGUAUGCAGUGUCAUGUCGCGGGAGAAGUCACUUUCAUCAAUAAUUCUAUUCAUUAAGAAACGUAAAUCAUGAAAAUCAUGUGUUAAGCGAUCAUUUUACAAUAUAUGAAAGAUGGCCCAAGGAUUCCUAUCCCGGCUGUCGGCUUUCGGCAAUGGAGAAGCAUUUAUGUAGCAACACAAACCUUUAUGUUUAGGGCAAUAUGAGCGGAACUAAACCUAUUAAUGCACAGCAUGUUGCACAUUCCCGUAAACGGAAUUUGCGUGAAUUAGAAAUUUGAUAAAUGCAAAAGCGUUUCAUGAAGCUCAAAGAAUUACGUAGCGCUCUCGACAGCCCUUCAUAUACUGAAAACGAUUUCCUAUCAUCCCGGUUUGGGAAAAUACUGAUCGUGGUUCGGGAACUGUCGGCUCACCGGAUGUGCAGUAGAUAAAAAUAUGCACGAUAUAUUAUAACGAUCUAUUAUCGAUGUGUUCCAACAUUCAAGUGAAUUAGGUUCACCGGUUCCACAUGCAACAGCUCCACGGAAACGAGGGACUUCGAACUAUAGACAAACGUAGGGCAAUGACUAAUCUGCUUAAAAAUGGUUUUCCUUAACUUUGCUAAUAAGCUCACACUGCAAUCGUUUGCAACAGUCCCUCCACAAACCGAAAAAGUUGUGUUCCCAUACCUCUCUGACACACUAACCUACGUUUCUCCAAAUCUGAAGCAAAUGAUAAGUAAUACAGUUGAUCAAUUAUUACGUUUCUGCAAAAUGAUACAGAAUUAAUCAUUAUACGCAAGUUGAUGCAGGCAAAUCCCUUUUUUCAUCAAGUCCUAUUGAUAGAAGUGAAAUUUUACUCAAAUAAAUGCAUACAACCGUUUUCACAAAGUCUUAAACA